CCUUUUUUUUUUUUUAAACAGAGAUCCAGCCUAAAGUAACUUCUUUUGAAUACAUCCUGCUCCUAGUGGAUUUGAUCCAUGAGGGGACAGAUCCAAUGCUUCAUCUCCUUUAUUCAGGUUGAAGUCCACAGUAUGGUGCCCCUGCCCUCUUCUUCCUACUUCACGUUUGCUGAGGCCUUAUGUGUCAGCAGAAAAAAUUUCUUGCUGAGACACCUGUCAUCCCAGAGUCCCUAACAAUAAUGAGAUAGUACAAAAAAAAGCAUUUUGUCUUCUAAGCAGCAUGUUGGGGCCCAUUGCUGAUACAGCAGCAAGCAACUUUUGUUACCAAAAUUCUGGUUUUGUGACAUUGCACUGCUGAGAAAUGGACCUAGUGCCAGAAUUUUUCCCACGUGUUUUUAGCUCAGCACAAGCCCUUUUGCCUUACCAUAUAACAGCAGGGAAAGGAAGCCUCUAGUGUUACGACCCCCACUAACCCACAGCUAGAACCUUGGAACUGCAAAUUCAGGGCUACAAGGAUAAACUGUUUUGAUCCCCCCCACCCAACACCCUGUGGGAAAAAAAAAAAGGGCUCAUUUUAGUAAUGGUUCAUUACUGAAAAUCUCUUGUAGGUCUGGCACACUUCCGCCAUGCAUGUCAGUCCUUUCUGCUUUGGUCCUCUUCUGCUGACCAUGUCCUGUCUGACAUGUCAAUGGUGUGGCCCAUCUUUCAGCAUCGAUCCUCACUAUGCUUCAUGCUGAGCUGCCAACUGCUGGCAAAACCUGCUUGAUUAGUGUCUGUAUGCUGCUAUGCAAAUGUGUGCUUCCGGGAGAUGUUGCCAGAAGAGCCCUUGGGUUCUUCUGUUAUAGUAUUUUGUUGGCAAUGGAAGGGCUUUUAACCUCCGUUCUCCUACUUCAUAAGGCUCCAGCCAACCUUGUGUCAAUGGUGAUUUUCACAGGGCCGUUAUUAGCUGGCACCUUUGCAGCAUGCUGCAUAUGAUGGGCUGAGAGGGGUCUAGUCCCCACGAUGAUUCCCUAGCUAGGAGCUCUUCAGCUGCACUGUGAUGGUGGGAACUAAGUGCUUGGGCUGCCAGCUCUUUCCAUCUCCUUCUAUACCUCUGUCUUCAUCCUGACUGGAAGCCUUGUGGAGUAAGUGGGUCUUAGGCUUCCUAGAGCUGUAAGGGCUCUGCCAGUCCUCUCCUCUUUCCCCCAGUGCAUGCUCUCAUAAAUGCUUUUCCCAAGGACUUGCUUCUUUCUGGGCCUUUUUGCAUUACUCUUGGACUGUGGGUUGUAUUACCUUUUCUGGUGUACUGGGGGUGCCUAGGUAUGUGUCCAGCCCACUGUGUGUGGCCCUGGCUCUGUAAGCUUGUUGCAAAUUUUGAAGGUUGCUCAGAGUCUUCCAGGCAGCAUGGAGGUGUAUGUGUCAUAAGGAAAUGACAGCUGAGCAUUAAGCUGACUGCAAGGGGCACCUGCCUGUUAGGGUGGCUGAGAACCAGAUGCCUGUGCGACCCUGCACUCUGCUCUUUUUUGCAGAGAUGGAUGAGGCAAUGCGCUCCUUUGCAGAGAAGGUCUUUGCCUCUGAGGUGAAAGAUGAGGAGGUCAGGCAAGAGAUCUCUCCUUUUGAUGUGGAAGAGAUCUGCCCCAUCUCACGCCAGGAAAUGAGAGCGUACAUGAUGCUUCAGGAGAGCUCUGGCACAACAGAAAAGCGGAAGAAGCGCCUGCUCCGCCUGAAGACAAUUGCAUUGGCAGUCCCUGUGGCUCAGAAGUCUAUAACCAGACUGUCUACUAUUGAUGAGGUCAUCUCUACCUCCCCCGUCUACCAGACUGUGCCUGACUUCCAGCGGGUACAGAUCACAGGGGAUUAUGCCUCUGGGGUGACAGUUGAAGAUUUUGAAGUUGUCUGCAAAGGCCUGUACCGUGCCCUGUGCAUCCGGGAAAAGUACAUGCAGCAGUCUGUGCAGAGGUUCCCCAGGACCCCAUCUCAGUAUCUGCGUGCUAUCGAAGGCGAGGUCUGGAGGGCGAGUGAUGCUGGCCCAGUGUUCACCCCGCCAGCGAAGGAUGGACAGGAUCCCUUUGAAACUGGGAGUCUUGCCGAGAACCUGGGAUACCACAUCCAGAUGAAGGACGGGGUGGUUUACAUCUAUGGAGACAAGGCAGCGGUUGGCAGAAAUGAGCCAAAGGACCUGCCCUACCCCCGCCUUGAGCACUUCGUUGAUGACAUGAACUUCCUCUUGGCCCUGAUUGCACAGGGGCCUGUUAAGACCUAUGCUCAUCGGCGCCUGAAGUUCCUCUCAUCCAAGUUCCAAGUGCAUGAAAUGCUAAAUGAGACAGAGGAGAUGAAAGAGCUGAAGAACAACCCCCACCGAGACUUCUACAACUGCCGGAAGGUGGACACACACAUCCAUGCUGCAGCCUGCAUGAACCAGAAGCAUCUUCUGCGUUUCAUCAAGAAAUCAUACUGUAUGGAUGCUGACCGUGUAGUUUAUGAUGCCAAGGGCAAACAGCUUACCCUGAAACAGCUUUUCCAGCAGCUCAAUCUGCACCCCUAUGACCUGACAGUGGAUUCCCUGGAUGUCCAUGCUGGGCGGCAGACAUUUCAGCGCUUUGACAAGUUCAAUGACAAGUACAACCCCGUGGGUGCCAGCGAGCUGCGUGACCUCUAUCUGAAGACGGAGAACGCUAUCAGUGGCGAGUACUUUGCUACCAUCAUCAAGGAGGUUGGCUCUGAUCUGGAGGAUGCCAAGUACCAGCAUGCGGAGCCUCGCCUCUCAAUCUAUGGGCGAUCAGCUGAGGAGUGGCCCAAGCUAGCCAGCUGGUUCAGCAAACAUCGGGUCUAUUCUCCCAACAUGAAAUGGAUGAUCCAAGUACCCAGGAUUUAUGAUGUGUUCAGGUCUAAGAAUUUCCUCCCACACUUUGGGAAGAUGCUGGAAAAUAUCUUUGUUCCUGUGUUUGAGGCAACUGUCAAUCCUCAAGCCCACAAAGAGCUCAGUGUCUUUCUACGCCAUAUUACUGGCUUCGACAGCGUGGAUGAUGAAUCCAAGCAUAGUGGACACAUGUUCUGCACUAAAAGCCCAAAACCAGAGCAGUGGACUUCUGAGAAGAACCCAUCCUACACCUACUAUAUAUACUAUAUGUAUGCCAACAUUGUGGUGCUUAACAACCUCCGCAGGCAGCGUGGUAUGAACACAUUCCUCUUCCGUCCACACUGUGGGGAAGCUGGGGCCAUCACACAUCUGCUUGCAGCCUUCAUGACAGCAGAUAAUAUCUCCCAUGGUCUCAACCUCAAGAAGAGCCCGGUGUUGCAGUAUCUGUACUUCCUUGCCCAAAUUCCCAUUGCUAUGUCCCCACUCAGCAACAACAGCCUCUUCCUGGAGUAUGCAAAAAAUCCAUUGCCUGACUUCCACCAGAAGGGCCUCAUGGUGUCCCUUUCUACAGAUGACCCCAUGCAGUUUCAUUACACCAAGGAGCCCCUGAUGGAGGAGUAUGCCAUUGCUGCCCAGGUCUUCAAGCUCAGCACCUGCGACAUGUGUGAAAUUGCCAGAAACAGUGUCCUGCAGUGCGGCCUGUCCCAUGAGGAGAAAGCCAAGUUCCUGGGUGAGAACUACCAGGAAGAGGGGCCCCACGGCAACGAUAUCCGGAAGACAAACGUGGCGCAGAUCCGCGUAGCCUACCGCUAUGAGACCUGGUGCUACGAGCUCAACCUCAUUGCCGAGGGCCUGAAAACCGACUAGGAGCGGGGACGGCCUCCUGGACCCGGGGGCCGGCGGCGGCGGCGGCGG